GGAUGCUCUAUUGUAAUGUAAUUUUGGGCGCAUUAACGCGAGCGAGGGAGAGGCGCCAAUUAGAUCACAGACAAAACCUUUUUGCCGCUUCCAGCGAACACCUUCCCAUUCCCUUCCCCCCCUCCUCAAUUCCCCCACCCGUUUCCCUUGUAACGAUUCCUCCGCCGCUCAACGGCGCUAACCGGCAUAUGUAUAUUGGAAACAGACAGCAGCAAUAGCCAAUCAAGGUAGAGUGGCCGAGUGAAAUGGGGCAGCCACCAGUUUCACCUUCUCUCCCGCUCGUCCCACCACCACCACGACCAGGACCACCGGCCUUUCUUAGUUCCGCUGUUACUGGCGGUUGCCAAGUUCGGUGCGCCGGUUGCCGAAUGAUAUUGACGGUUGGCCCGGGGCUGACCGAGUUUGUAUGUCCUACAUGCCAGUUGCCCCAGAUGUUGCCGCCGGAGCUGAUGCGGCCCCCCUCUCAGGUGCCGGCCCAUGGCAUCGAUCCUAGUAAGAUCCAGCUUCCAUGCGCCAACUGCAAGGCCAUCCUUAACGUCCCUCAUGGUCUAUCCCGAUUCUCCUGCCCCCAGUGCAAAAUGGAACUUGCCGUUGAUCUCUCUCGGAUUAAGCAGUUCUAUCCCCCACCUCCUGAGGAAGUCAACGAGGUAGCAAUUGAAGUGGAACGAGAGGAAGAUGGUGGAGGCAUUGUGGGAGAAACAUUUACGGACUAUCGGCCACCAAAGCUGUCUAUUGGUCCUCCACAUCCAGAUCCCAUUGUGGAAACCUCUUCCUUAUCUGCAGUGCAGCCACCUGAACCCACAUAUGAUCUUCAAACGAAGGGUCACUUGGAAACUUCAAAAGCAUUAUCAUGCUUGCAGAUCGAAACACUAGUUUAUGCUUGUCAGAGACACCUGCAACAUCUUGAAAACGGCUCCAGGGCAGGGUUUUUCCUUGGAGACGGAGCUGGUGUUGGCAAAGGACGCACAAUUGCAGGACUAAUUUGGGAGAAUUGGCACCUUGGGAGGAGAAAAGCAUUGUGGAUUUCUGUUGGUUCAGACUUGAAGUUUGAUGCAAGAAGAGAUUUGGAUGAUGUGGGAGCAACGUGUGUUGAAGUGCAUGCGCUGAACAAACUCCCUUAUUCCAAGCUUGAUUCCAAGACUGUUGGAAUUAAAGAGGGUGUUGUUUUCUUGACAUAUAGCAGCCUUAUAGCUUCUUCUGAGAGGGGACGCUCUCGAUUGCAACAGCUUGUGCAGUGGUAUGGAUCAGAAUAUGAUGGGCUUAUCGUGUUUGAUGAGUGCCACAAGGCCAAAAAUUUGGUACCCGAAGCCGGAGGACAAGCAACACGAACGGGUGAAGCAGUUCUUGAAAUUCAGGCACGACUUCCUGAAGCGCGCGUUGUUUAUUGUUCAGCCACUGGUGCAUCAGAACCUCGAAAUCUGGGUUAUAUGGUACGCCUUGGUCUUUGGGGAGCUGGAACUUCCUUUGAGGAUUUCCGUGAAUUUUUAGUUGCUCUGGAUUCAGGAGGAGUAGGAGCACUGGAGCUUGUUGCCAUGGACAUGAAAGCACGAGGGAUGUAUGUAUGUCGGACACUGAGUUAUAAAGGCGCAGAGUUUGAAGUUGUUGAGGUUCCGCUGGAGGCCAAAAUGACGGAGGUAUACAAAAAAGCAGCUGAAUUUUGGGCCGAAUUGAGGGUGGAAUUGCUAUCUGCAAGUGCAUUCCUUGGAGAUGAGAAGCCUAGUUCCAGUCAGUUGUGGAGAUUAUAUUGGGCCAACCAUCAGCGUUUCUUUAGGUAUGUCUGCAUGUCAGCCAAGGUACCUGCUGUUGUAAAGCUUGCGAAGCAGGCAUUGAUGGACAAAAAGUGUGUAGUGAUUGGUCUUCAAAGUACCGGGGAGGCAAGAACAGAAGACGCAGUCACAAGAUAUGGCAAUGAACUUGAUGAUUUUAUUUCUGGACCUCGUGAGCUGUUGCUUAAGUUUGUUGAAGAAAACUAUCCUCUGCCUGAAGAGCCUGAAUCUCUCCCAGGAGGAGAGGAUAGUGUGAAGGAACUUCAGCGCAAGAGGCACUCAGCAACACCUGAUGUUUCAUUUAAAGGGAGGGUCAGGAAAGCUGCAAAAUGGAAACCCGCAAGUGAUGAUGAGACUGAUGAAGAUUCCGAAUCUGAUUCUGGGCAUGAAUCUAUGGAAUCAGAUGAUGAGUUUCAGAUAUGUAACAUAUGCAAUUCAGAAGCGGAAAGAAAAAAAUUGCUCCAGUGCUCAUGUUGUGGUCAACUCGUACAUCCAGCAUGUGUUAUCCCACCCGAACCAGAGACGGAUGCAAUAUCUGCCACUUGGUCUUGUCAUUCAUGCAAGGAAAAAACAGAGGAGUAUCUCCAAGCAAGACAUCUAUAUGUAGCUGAACUACUACGGAGAUAUGAAGGAGCCAUAGAGCGCAAGUCAAAGAUUUUGGACAUAAUCCGUACUUUUGAGCUUCCAAACAAUCCAUUGGAUGACAUUAUUGAUCUGCUUGGAGGCCCUGAUAAUGUUGCGGAAAUGACAGGGAGACGAGGUAUGCUUGUAAGGGCCUCUAGUGGAAAGGGAGUGACUUAUCAGGCACGAAACACGAAGGAUGUGAGUAUGGAAAUGGUGAACAUGCAUGAGAAACAACUGUUCAUGGAUGGUAAGAAACUGGUUGCAAUCAUUUCUGAAGCUGGGUCUGCAGGCGUCUCAUUGCAGGCUGAUAGGAGAGCCUUGAACCAGAGAAGAAGGGUCCAUGUAACUUUAGAACUGCCUUGGAGUGCUGAUCGUGCAAUCCAGCAAUUUGGGAGGACUCACCGUUCAAAUCAAGCUUCUGCACCCGAGUACAGGAUACUGUUCACAAAUCUUGGAGGUGAGCGGCGGUUUGCUUCCAUCGUUGCAAAGAGACUGGAGUCGCUGGGAGCCUUAACACAGGGUGAUCGCCGGGCUGGACCAUCUCUUAGCGCCUACAAUUAUGAUAGUUCUUAUGGGAAAAAGGCCUUGCUCAUGAUGUACAGGGGAAUCAUGGACCAGGAUUCUCUUCCGGUUUUACCUCCAAACUGUUUGUCUGAAAAUCCUGCUACAAUCCGGGAGUUUAUUGAAAAGGGCAAAGCUGCUCUUGUUUCUGUUGGCAUAGUUAGGGACACAGUUGUUGGAAAUGGCAAGGAUGCUGGAAAGUUCUCUACUGGCCGCAUAGUUGAUUCAGACAUGCAUGAUGUUGGACGUUUUCUCAAUCGGCUUUUAGGACUGCCACCAGAGAUCCAAAACAGGCUGUUUGAAUUGUUUGUUCGCAUUCUUGAUCAUCUUCUUCAAAAUGCACGCCUUGAAGGCCAUUUAGAUACUGGGAUUGUUGAUAUGAAAGCCAACACAAUUGAGUUACAAGGAUCUCCAAAGACUGUUCAUACAGAUCAUAUGUCUGGAGCAUCCACUGUACUAUUUACAUUUGUUAUGGAUCGUGGCAUUACUUGGGAGGCGGCAUGUGCAUUGCUUAGUGAGAAGCAAAAAGAUGUGUCUGGUUCUUCUUCUAUUGGAUUUUAUGAAUCAAAAAGAGAGUGGCUUGGAAGAAGGCACUACGUUUUGGCAAUCGAAAGCUCUUCUGGAAUGUAUAAGAUUUUCCGCCCUGCUGUUGGGGAGGCCGUCAGGGAAAUGCAUAUAGCUGAGCUGAAAGACAAAUACAGAAAAACAUUGUCAUUAGAAAAGGCACACACUGGAUGGAAGGACGAGUAUGAAGUUUCAUCCAAGCAGUGCAUGCAUGGUCCAAAUUGUAAGCUUGGAAGCUUUUGCACUGUGGGGAAAAGAAUACAGGAAGUGAAUGUACUUGGUGGUCUUAUUCUACCAAUUUGGGGAACAAUUGAGAAGGCCCUAUCCAAACAGGCCCGUCAAAGUCAUAGACGGAUACGUGUUGUGCGCAUCGAGACAACGAAAGAUGCUCAACGGAUUGUUGGACUUCUUGUUCCAAAUGCAGUAGUACCUUCUGUGCUUCAAGAUCUAGCGUGGGUUCAAGAAAUCGAGGACUAAGAUAGUCAGAGAGGGUUUUUUGGUGGUGGAUAAAGAUAAACUUAUUUUAUUUUUGUUCAUCUUUCUAUAAAGAUAUCUGCCUUUGGAACUGAAGUACAUGAUGAUGAUUACAGCACCAACCGAAACUUGCUGCAGCUGAUAAAUAUAAUAUAGAUCUAUAUAUAUGUUUUAUAUUUUGGGCUUCAUUCCUUUCACUCGGGGUUUUUUUUUUCUUUUUUGUAAUUAUUUAAGUGGUAAUUAAUACCUUCCUACCUAUCUACCGAG